GGAGGAGGAGACCGCCGUCGCGGGAGCGCCGCUGAUUGCCGCCGUCGGCCGUUCUCGGGCUGCCGCCUCGAGUCGCCCCCGGCCGGGCGAUGACCAUGUUGCUGGACAGCGGGCCGCAGUUCCCGGCGCUGGGCGUCGGGGGCUUCGGAGCGCCCCGCCAUCACCCCCACGACGUGGCGAACCGCGACGCCGCCGCCGCCGCUGCCGCCGCCGCCAUGGGACUCAACCACCCCUUUGGGGACUCGUCCUUCAAGCUGAGCCCGGCGGCCCACGAGCUGGCGUCGGGGCAAGGCUCCGCGUUCACGCCGCAGGCUUCGGGCUACCCGCACCCCCAUCACCCGCACGCCCACCCGCCGCACCCGCCUCACCCCCACCACGCCGGCCAGGUGCCUUCCUACGCGGCCGCCGCCGCCGCCGCCGCCUUCAGCUCCACGCGGGACUUUCUCUUCCGCAACCGCGGAGGAGCCGCCCUCGGGGAGUCGGCCUCGGGCGGCGGGGGCGCCGGCGGCGGGGGCGCGGGGGCCGCCCAGCACGGCCUCUUCGGCAGCAACCCGCCCGGCGGCCUCCACGCGCCUCCCCCGGGCAUCCCCGACGGCCCCGGCGGCUACUUGCUUUUCCCGGGCCUGCACGAGCAGAACCAAAGCCACCCUUCCCCGACGGGCCACGUGGAGAACGGCCAGAUGCACCUGGGCCUGCGCGGGGAUCUCUUCGGCCGGCCGGAGCCUUACCGAGGGGUCGCCAGCCCCAGAGCCGACCCCUACGGGGGGCCGGCCCAGUUCCACAACUACAACCCCAUGAACGUCAACAUGGGCGGCAUGAACGUGGCGGCGGCGGCCGCGGCGGCUCACCACCACCAUCACCACCACCACCACCACCACGGCGCCGCCGGGGCUUUCUUCCGCUACAUGCGCCAGCCCAUCAAGCAAGAGCUCUCCUGCAAGUGGAACGACGAGCCGGCGGCCCAGCAGCCGCCGCCGCACCAGCCGCCCCUCAGCCGGCCCAAGAAGAGCUGCGACCGGACUUUCAGCAGCAUGCACGAGCUGGUGACCCACGUCACCAUGGAGCACGUCGGCGGGCCCGAGCAGAACAACCACAUCUGCUACUGGGAAGAGUGCCCGCGGGAGGGCAAGUCCUUCAAGGCCAAAUACAAACUGGUCAACCACAUCCGAGUCCACACCGGCGAGAAGCCCUUCCCCUGCCCCUUCCCCGGGUGUGGGAAAAUCUUCGCCCGCUCCGAGAACCUCAAAAUCCACAAGCGAACGCACACAGGCGAGAAACCUUUUAAGUGUGAAUUCGAGGGCUGUGACCGGCGUUUCGCAAACAGCAGCGACAGGAAGAAACAUAUGCACGUUCAUACAUCAGACAAGCCAUAUAUUUGCAAAGUCUGUGAUAAGUCCUACACUCACCCCAGCUCUUUACGGAAACACAUGAAGGUCCACGAAACCCAAGGCUCCGAGUCUUCGCCGGCCGCCAGCUCGGGCUACGAGUCCUCCACGCCCCCGGCCAUCGCGGCCGCCACGAGCAAAGACUCCUCCACCAAGACGCCCCCCGCCUCCUCCUCCGCCGCCGCCGCCGCCCAGACUGCCCCCCCCAGCCACAACCCCGGCCUGCCCCCCAACUUCAACGAGUGGUACGUUUGAGGAGGACGAGCGGAACUCCCCGCCCCC